AUGAUGGUCUUCUGGCUCCAACGAAUGUUCACCCAUCAAUUCUGGGAUUUCAUACCAUUCGAGCAAAAUCACCCAACGAUCAUUGCAUUAGAGCUCCAAAUUGCUGUACAGUAUUUUGCUUGCAUUGUGGGAAUUCUGGGUGUUCUUUGCUCAAAUAAGACUCUCCUCAAAGUCUACUGGCUUCUCAUGAUUCCUCUACUCUUUUUCGACAUUGUCAUGGCCGUUUUGUUGAUGUUUAGAAUGAAGAAUGUCCAUUCCACUUUUCAUUCACAUUUCGAUCAGAAAAUCGAUGAGCACGUGACUUCAAAGAAUACUUUGUUCUGCUCAAUUUGGGAAUCACUGCAACAAAAUUUCGACUGUUGUCCCCCAAAAAGAAUUGAGCAAUUUUGUGAUCAAACUCCACAAUGGGCUAAUGAAACGAGUUGCUUUGACGAGGAAAAACCUUGCAAUGCUCAUAUUUUGAGAUGGAUGCACAAAAAGACGGAUUUCGUUGGGGUGAUCAUUUUCUUCAUGCUUUUCCCAUUGAAAUUAGUCGUGGUACUUGUUUUGAGAGAGGACAUUGGAGCGCUUUUCUCGGAAAUCGUCUAUUCGAACAAUGCAAAGUUAUACAAACACUGGGAUGACGAGGAUGAAAUGGAUUAUGUUGACGCUACUCCACCAGAGACAAACAUUUUUGCAGCA